AUGCGGAAACGGCCUUUUAGCUUUGUUUCUCAAAUACAGAGCUUAAAGGUUCCUGCUAUUCAGCAAAAAAGAACUGUAGCAUUUCUAAACCAAUUUGUGGUUCACACAGUGCAGUUUCUCAACCGCUUUUCUACUGUUUGUGAAGAGAAACUGUCAGCGCUGUCUCUCCGUAUCCAGCAGAUUGAAACAACACUCAAUAUCUUGGAUGCAAAGUUAUCCUCUAUUCCUGGCCUAGAAGAUGUCAAGUUUGAAGUAUCCAGUGCAAAUAUGAAUAGUGUUACAAAUGGUCCUGUGGCACAGGCUACUACAGAUCAACAGAGAGCUGUAUCGCCUCAGUCUGGACAGAACAAUGUACAAGAAGAAGGAUUACAGAAAACGGAGGUAGUAACAGAAAAUGUCACAACUGUGGCCAAGGAUCCAAGAUAUGCCAGAUAUCUCAAAAUGGUACAAGUGGGUGUUCCUGUAAUGGCAAUAAGAAACAAAAUGAUUUCUGAGGGGCUAAAUCCAGAUCUUCUCGAGACCCCAGAUGCCCCCAUGCCUGCCUGGGGAGAUGAUGGGAAAGCAGAAGACAGUUCUGAUAGUGAAUCUUCAUUUAGUGACUAA